UAUUUAAACAGAUGUAAACAAUAACAUAACCUUACAUUCCAAUCAGAUUUAAUUGUAUGUUGCAACAUGAGUUCAAAGUUUAAUUAUAAGUCUUCACAUACAAGUUAAAAAUCUGCCUUGGUAACCGAUAUUCAACUAAAAUCUCAUAACAUGGCUCUCACAUUCUCCAUCAUCACAGUGAGUGAUACAUGCUUCGCCAAAGAAAAAAAUGACACAGCUGGCCCACUACUAAGACAAAAAAUUCUAGAUGUAUUCCCCUCAUCCGAAAUAUACAAAACAGCCAUAGUACCUGACGACGUAGACAAAAUUAAAGAAGAAUUGCUAUCAAACAUAAACGCCAGCAAUAUAAUUUUCACUGUUGGAGGCACAGGAUUCUCUAAAAGGGACGUGACCCCAGAGGCAACCAAACAAGUAAUCGACAGAGAAGCUAACGGAUUAUCCUACGCAAUGCUGUCUAAAAGUUUACAAGUUACAGAUUUUGCCAUGCUCUCUCGUGCAGUUUGCGGCAUCAAAGACAAGUCCAUAAUCAUAAAUUUGCCGGGCAGCUCCAAGGCAGCUCUAGAAUGCUUCGGUUUCAUACAAAAAGCUAUUCCACAUGCCGUCGACUUACUGUUGGACAGGUCGUCAAAAGUUAAAACCACACACAAUAACCUUCAAAACAAUUUAAGCUGCAGUCUCACUAUUAACCCAGCUGAAAGAUCUCGCACGUCGAAAUUCCCAAUGCUGGACAUGGACCAGGCGACGAAAACAGUUCUUUCACACAUGGAACCUUUGAACUCGUUGGAAUUGGUUCCGGUCGAAAAGAGUCUCCACAGAAUACUAGCCCACGAUGUAGUCUGUAAGCAACCCAUACCAGCCGUUGACACGUCAAUUAAAGACGGUUAUGCCGCAAAAAGUAGCGACGGCGUAGGAGUCAGAAAGGUCAGAUCUGCCGUAGCCGCCGGUUCGGCACCAGUAAACACCCCCUUGCAAAACGGAGAGAUCAUAAGAAUAAGCACCGGUGCCCCCGUUCCGUUGGGGGCCGACGCUGUGGUCCAAGUGGAGGAUACGAGUCUUGUAAAAAGCGAGGGAGGUGAAGAAGUGGAGGUUUCCAUAAAUGUGGAGCCGAAUGUUGGCCAGGACAUUCGGUUCGUGGGAAGUGAUGUGAGGGUCGGCGAGUUGGUAAUCAAAGGAAAUUCGAGGAUAACCGCCGCGCACAUUGGAGUGUUGGCGAUGUUGGGAUACACCGACAUCCACGUCCACCAGAAACCGUCCGUCGGCAUCAUUUCGACCGGCAACGAGCUUCGCCAGCCCGGCGAGGCUCUGAAACCCGGACAGAUAAUAGACAGCAACAAGCCCACUCUGAUGAACUUACUUAAGGAGUAUUAUUACGAGGGCAACGACUGCGGAGUUGCCCGGGACACCCCGGAAGAGGUGUUGAACGUACUUACUAAAGCUUUCGAGAAGAACGACGUUGUCAUUUCUUCCGGAGGCGUCUCCAUGGGUGAAUUCGACUUAAUCAAACCUGUGCUGGUUGAGUACUUCAAGGCGGAUGUGCACUUCGGAAGGAUCAAUAUGAAGCCAGGAAAACCCACCACUUUUGCCACGUUGAUGUUCAAUGGGAAGAAGAAGUACUUCUUCGGUUUGCCCGGCAAUCCUGUAUCAAGUGGAGUAACUUGCGUAUUAUUUGUAAUACCCACACUCAGAAAACUGGAAAGGAGCAUUGACAUCGAUUUUCCUGUGGCCAAAUGCGUUUUAAAAGAUAGUCUCCGAAACAGGGAUGUAAGACCGGAGUAUGUGAGAGUUUCGGUCGUUUACAAAAACGGAGCUUUGGAGGCAACUUCGACAGGAUCUCAAGUUAGUAGUAGACUAAAUAGUUUGCUGGGAGCAAAUGGCCUCAUGGUGGUUCCUGGGAAGACGGAACAGGCACAAGGCCAGUCAUACGACACUGUUAUAAUCUCAAAUGUACUAUUCGAAUAACACGUUGUUAAGGAUUAAACAAAUUUAAUUACA